CUCAGAAAAGCCGAUUUAGUCAUGCUCCUCCGCCGGCCUGGGGCCAGGACAACCCAAGACGGACUAUCCCAACCUUUGGCUCGCAGACCACAAUUACACGCUGUUGGACGAGCCUUGAGCAAAACUCCACAACUCGUCAUUCCAGCCAAGGCUAGUAGAGUGCGGGAGGGUGACCUGGCGUUGGAGCUCGUUGAAUGGAUUGACUAGUUUUCA